AUGUCUUCCAACGAUAAUACCCGCCCGGCUUAUGAUAGCGUCAUACAGUCCAUUGCUGACUAUGUCUUUGACUACCAAGUCACCUCCGCAAAAGCCUGGAGGCGAGCCCGCGUCGCUCUGCUUGACUCUCUCGGCUGUGCUAUUGAGAGCUUGCCGGCUUGUCCUUCUUUCAUCGGCCCCGUAGUCAAGGGCACUGUAGUACCGGAGGGGUUCCCACUCCCUGGGACGAAGUAUGUCCUUGACCCCCUGAAGGCGUCGUUUGAUCUCGGUGCCCUUAUACGGUACUUGGACCAUAGCGACGCAUUUCCUGGUGCAGAAUGGGGACACCCAUCCGACAACAUUGGCGCUAUCCUUCCUGUCGCGGAUUGGCUGAGCCGUGAAGGAAACGUUAAUAUCACGAUGCGAGACGUGCUGGAAGCGAUCAUAAAAGCGUACGAAAUUCAAGGCUGUUUUCAGUUCAAAAAUGCCUUUAACAAAGUGGGCAUCGAUCAUGUUGUUCUCGUCAAAAUCGCUGCUUCAGCCGUUGUCUCGAAGCUGAUGGGACUGACGCGAGAACAAACCAAUGCUGCUAUCACCCAGGCAUUUGCGGACGGGCAGCCUCUCCGCGUCUAUAGACAAUCCCCGAACACAAGCCCCCGUAAGGGCUGGGCCGCAGGAGAUGCCUGUAUGCGCGCUGUACAUCUCGUUCUGAUGACAAAGUCGGGUCAGCCAGGUUAUCCCACUGUCCUCACCGCGCCCAAAUGGGGUUUCUACGAUACCUCUUUUGAUGGCAAGCCGUUUGUGUUUCCCGUCGCGUUUGGCAACACGGUUAUCGAGAGCUACUUUAUCAAGCUUGUCGCCGCCGAGGGACAUGCGAUAUCCGCUGUGGAAGCCGCACUGUCGCUUUCGAAUCAGCUGCGCGGCCGCCUGGACCAAGUCCGAGCAAUUCGUAUCCGCACGCAGGAGGCUGCGAUGACGAUCAUCGAUAAGACAGGCCCAUUGCACAACGCCGCGGAUCGUGACCACUGUAUGCGCUAUAUGGUCGCGGUGACGCUGCUCAAGGGCGAUUGGCUGACGACGAAGGACUACGAGGACGAUGCGCCUUGGGCGACAGACCCCCGCGUGGACGCGCUCCGGGCAAAAAUGACAAUGGAGGAGGACCCGCAGAUGACGCUGGACUACCAUGCGCGCAAGCAGCGUAAGUGCGCGUCGGCAGUGAGCGUCACAAUGGAGGAUGGGACCCUCCUCGACGAGGUGCUCGUCGAGCGUCCGAUCGGCCAUCCAUGGAGGGAGGACACCAUCGAUUGCACGAAGGCUAAGUUUGUUGAGCUGACCGAUCAUCUCGUUCGUGAUCCUGCGGGCUUUUGGGAUGAGUGCAUGUCUGAGGAGAUGGCAGAUAUUAAGGUGAGGGAUUGGAUGGAUCUCUUUAUGGCACGGCAGAAGUUGAAUAUGUAA